AAGCGCCAAGCCAAACUCGCUCCCUCCCCUCUCGCCGCGACACAGCCCACUCUUCCCUCUCGCCACCGCCGGCGGAGGGCGCAUGCUCUAAACCCUAGACUCUACGCCCACCCGGAGACCGGCUGCACCUGCAAUGCAGCAGCCCUCGCCGUGCUACGACGACCAGCCGACGCCGCCGCGGGCGCUGGGGCCGCCGGUCCUCCCGGCGGCGGUGUCCGCGGAGCUCGCGCGGCUCGAGGCGGAGGUGGGGCAGGCCGCGGACCCGCAGGCGCGCGCCAGGCUCGCGGGGCUCGGCGAGGCCGCGGCGUCGCGGGCGCUCCGGAGGAUCUGGGAGAAUCGGCACGGCGUGCGGAGGCUGUCUGUCACGACCCAAAUUGCAAAACAAGUUUAACACUCUGACCAUCAAUUCACUUAAUUCGAGAUCAAAUUGGGCGGUUCUCACACUGUCCGCCUACAUCAUGCGCAUGGUGGAGAGGGAGGCCAUGGAGCACAACGCCGCCGCGAUCCCCACCGCCGAGAGCGCCGCCUCGCAAGACAAUUCGGUAUUUAUUGGGGCCACUGUACGACAACGAGGUUCAGAGCCCUGAUGCUGGAAUUGCCUUUGGUCUUUCAAACCAGGCAACAAUCAAGCCUGCGAGCUCUGUCCAGAAGAUGCCUUGCAGACUGCAGAAUGAGCAGAGAAGAGAUUCUUAUACUGUUCCAGUUCCAGACUCGGAUGAGACUGGAGGUUGAAAGCAGCCCGCCCGGUUGGACCUCUCCUGGUGGGUUGCAGAAUCAGCCUCCUUUCUCACCAGUGGCUUCUCCAGCGGCAAAUCGCCGAAGAACUGAAGCUGGAUAACCCGAGUAUGAGAUGCCCGAUGGCACUGCCCGGGAUGACACCCUGAGCCCUGUUCGGGAUAUUACAAGGCGUGUUCGACCAAUGGAUGGCCCGUCAGGGAGGGUAGGGGUGGCAACACCACCUUCUCUUGCUACUGGGAAUGCUUUGAUGGCAACGGAGGCACCACCACCGAGAACUGGCUCCACAACCCGGGAGCGUGUCAGCUUUCCAAGCCCUCAAAUGAUAGCACUGGGGGAGUUGGAGUUUGUUCGUGUUUUCCUCAUUUAUGUGUACCUUGCAGACAAGAAGAUAGAGGAUGUAAACUACAUAAGGUAUUUGAAGUCUCUGCCCAUGGAUUGCUUCGAGUCAGAAAUCUGGAACAGAUUUGAACAUGAGUCUCUACCAGCAUCAGAUAGAAGAAAGAACGUUGAUUGGGACCCAAGCAAGACAAGACUGUACUACUGCAUUGUUGAGAAAAGAAAUGACUCCAUAGUAACCAUUUUUAAGGGACCAUAUAUUGACAAUACAAGAACUCAUCUGCAAAAAAUUGUUGGUGAUGACAAUGUUCUUAUUGUGAAGUUCGCUGAUAUACCUGGGCUUACGAAUAGUGCAGGCAACUUUGGUAUCUACUGCAUGUAUUACUGCCAGGUUGCUGAAGAUCGUAUCCUUUUGGGUCUGCAUCUCUACCGCUUUUUCAUUUACAAAGAUGGAGGGAAGGAGGAGAAACAAAAGGAGGAAAAAAAUAAAGCGAAAAACAAGAAAUUCAGACCUUCUUUUAGGUGCUAUUUUGUUCACAUCGAGUCUGGUUGCACAAUCGAUCAAGCUCGUAGGCGCUUUAUGGACAUACACAAUGCUCCCACUGUGUCAAAAUAUCUGGCCAGGUUUGCGUUGAUAUUAUCCAAAACUGUCACAUUAGAUGUUAACUUCUCGGAGAUUAAUGUUAUCAUAAUUGAAGACAAACCCUGCAAGGAUGAACAUGGAAACAUCGUUCCUGAUGAUGAUGGGAAGCCCUUAAUACACACUGACGGGACCGGCCUAAUAUCAUUUGAUUUAGCUAUAAAAUGCCCAGUCAGUGUCUUCAAGGGAAACUUUUUGAAGGGACAUGAGCUGCAGGAUACAGUGGAUUCUGAGAAGCAUCGAUAUCUCAUCUCAUAUCCUCUUCUAAUACAGUUCUGUAUGUUCUAUAAUGGAAAUGCAGUAAAGGGAACCGUUCUAGCUGAUAAAAGGCUUCCUGAUAAAACCAUUCAUAUUAGACCAUCAAUGAUAAAGAUAAAUGCUGAUUCCAAUUCAUCAGGCGGGCGUCAUUUAACUCGUUCGAACAACCGGCCUAGAAAGGCAUAUACAUCAAGGUUCUUAAUCGCACUGCUUCAUUAUGGAGGCGUUCCAGCUGAGUAUUCUAUGGAGCUUCUAGGGAAGGCAAUAGAAGAUGCCAAUAAGGUUCUUAAUAAAGCUGGGGACUCGCUGGAAGUUGCAUUAAACCAUGCUGACAUGGAUGAUUUAAUGUCUGGACGAAUGAUCCUUGCUGGAAUUCAGCCAGAGGAUGAGGCACUUUUGCAAUUCCAGCUAGAUAUAAUGACCAAAGAAGAAAGAAAAGGUUUCCGACAGGGAAAGAUACCGAUUGAUGAUUGUUAUUAUCUAAUGGGCACAACUGAUCCCACAGGGGCCCUGAAACCAGACCAAGUUCGUGUGAUACAUGACAACCGCCAAGUUUCAGGAAAGGUUCUUGUCUAUAAACAUCCUGGGUUACACUUCGGCGAUAUACAUAAGUUGACAGCAACACAUAUUGAUGGUCAGGAGGAAAUUGUGGGGGAUUCCAAAUAUGAUAUAUUUUUUCCAACCUCUGGAUCACGGUCUUUGGCUGAUGAAAUGGCCAAUAGCGAUUUUGAUGGAGACAUGUAUUGGGUCUCAUGGAACUCACAGGUUGCUUUUGUUUCAAACAAUUUACCAUUUAUAGUGAACUGUUCAUGCAUCUUUUUACAUAGCAAUUGACUGGGGUUUUAGAAAACACCAUGAAAUUAGUUUCACACGGCCCCAACUAUAGAAGGAGUGCUAUAAUCAACCCAUAUCUCUUGAUCCUUCUUGCUGACUUACAUUAGCCAAUUCACAGUUUAAUGAUAAAUCUCCAAUUCCCCAUGUUGUAACUUCCCUUCUGUUACUUCAAGCAUCUUGAACUUUAAUACUACAUGAAUGUGCACUUUUCAUUAGGAAAACCUUUAUGUUUGAAAAGCUGGAUCCAAGUCGGAUUCCCGCAUUGUUACCUCAAAGAUCAAGUGACUAAGCAACUUCCAAGUUGUUGAGCUUUAGAACCUUGUUACUCCAUGCUGUCCUCAAUUGUCUGCGGUGGGUGGCAUGUUGAGCGGAGAGAACAGAUGAUGUGCUGCUGAGGAGAUGCAAUGGCUGAGGCCCCACGAUGGUGAGGGCUAAGAAGUAGGUGAACAGGGACCCAUGAGUAGAAGAGAGAGGAGAGA